AUGGUCAACGUCAAGACUCUUUUCAUGGCCUUCCUGGCCACCACAGCAAUUGCCAACCCCGUGGGAGUCCUCGAAGAACGCGCCGGUGAUGCCGUCACUUGUAAAUACAAGGACGAGGCAGGCAAACAGCAAUCCGUCACCUUCUCCACCUCGUCCGCCAAGACCCUCGCGAAGAAGGCCCCCGCCGGCACCGCCCAGACCGCCAGCGGGUACCCGCACGAGUACCAGAACUUCGACAACAUGAAGUGGCCAAACUCACAGUGCAACUCCGCCAAGGUGAAGACGCUCGAGUUCCCCAUCUUCACGGCCAAGAACAAGCAGAACACCUUGUACGACUACACGAAGAAGAAGGACAACAACAAGCCUGGGCCGUGCCGCAUGGUCUACGCCCAGACUGGCGGUGCUUUCUGUGGUAUCAUGUGCCAUGAGAGCAUGGUUGAGAACGACGAUAGCCGUGGUUUCAAGCUGUGCAAGUAG